AUGUUUUCGCUCGGGGGCCAGAAGGCGGCGGCGUCUGGAGACGGGAAUUCGCCGUCGACGCCGGCAAAACAAGAGUCGGACGCUGCGAGCAAGGCGAAGAAGAACACCAAACUGGAAGUCGAUUCGCAGUCGUCGUGGCGGCGCUCUAUGCGCGUGACGUUUCAGCUGGCGAAAGUCGUUGUGCGACUGGGAAAAAAGUUCAGCGAGCCGCAGCAGUGCUGGAUUGCAGAGUCUGUCUACUCGUACAAACCCGCCGGCGCAGACACCUCGUGGACUCUGAUGCGCGAGUACUUCGGGACACUGCCUUUUGACGUCGACCUCCAGCCCCCCUCGGACUUCGGCAUCUACAACGACGAGGAAAAGACCAUCGAAUUCACGGAUCUUCACAACCGCACGCGCACAGUGCGGUGCAUCUACCCGCUUCGCCAAUGGAAAUACAAAGUUUUCAUCGCCUUCGAGAAACCGGCUAAACUCCAGUACCAGGCGUAG